AUGGUAUCUAAUAGCAACACACCUAUUAACAACACUUCCACUCCUCAUAACAACACUUCUGCGCCUCCUAACAACACUCCUGCUCCUCCUAACAACACUUCCGCUCCUCAUAACACAACUCCAAACAACAACACUCAUGAUAACACUCCCAACAUUAAUAACACCACUUCAAACACUUCGAACAAUAACUUACCUUCUCCAUAUUCGGCU